AUGGCUGAGUCCCCCGUAGCUGAGCAGCGGGAAUCUGUUCUUGAUACCACAGUGCAGCAGAGUGCAAAUUCGAGUUUAGAUCCUUUGGCUGAGGCACAUCCAAAAUUUGCCUUAAUAGACGGGAUAGAGAUCCUCUCUCUGAUCAUUGCCCUGGUUGGGUUGGUGGGGAACAGCAUCGUCCUGCGGCUGCUGGGCUUCCGCGCCAGGAGGAGGAGCCCCUUCUCUGUUUACAUCCUCAACCUGGCUGGAUCCGACUCCAUCUACCUUGGCAGCUUCUUUGGGUUGCGUAUGUGGAGAAUUGUUGGAGAUUUAAACCAUCUCCUGGAGGUGCUAUGGCUCUGCCUCCUAGGCCUGUCCUACUGUGUGGGGCUGAGCUUGCUGGCGGCAAUCAGCACCGAGCGCUGUCUCUCUGUGCUCUUUCCCAUUUGGUACAGAUGUCACCGGCCCAAGCACACGUCUGUGACUGUGUGCGCCAUCCUAUGGGCUCUGCAGGGACUAUAUUGGGGAGUAAUUGUGGGUCUUUAUUUCCUUAACAAGGACCACUUCUACGAUUUCUACUUUGUUCUGUGCUUUGUCAGGUUGGGCUGGUUCCUCCUCCUCACCUGUGUGCUGGGUGUGUCCAGCCUGACCCUGGUGCUGAGGGUCCAGUGCAGCUCCCAGCGCAGGCGCCCACCCAGGCUCUACUUUCUGGUGCUGCUCACAGUCCUUGUGUUCCUGCUCUGUGGCCUGCCCUUGGGGGUUAUUUAUGCAGUUUGGUUUUUUAGGGGUUUCCCUAUAAUGCCAAAUAGGAUCUUCAGGCUCCUGGCCUGUGUGAACAGCAGUGCAAACCCUUUCAUUUACUUCUUCCUGGGCAGCCAAUGGUGUAGAAGAGGGAGGGAGCCCCUCAGGGUGGUUCUGCAGAGGGCCCUGGAGGAGGAGCAGGAGCAAUGCUACCUGCAUUCAGGAAGCCCUCCUGGUUGGAGGCUCCAGGAUUUACUGGGAGGAGAUCCAGGAAUCUGGUGUCACAAAUCUACAGGAGAGCCAUUGUUGAGUAAAGUUAUAGCACAGGAGAUGGAAGGCAGCCAGAGAAAACUUGAAAGACCUGAUACCUACCCAGUCUUGGCCAUGACCUACCAGAAGCAGCUAGUAAAGCAAUAG